CAAAUAUUUCAACAUUAAUGCAAACCCACGUUGAUGAUAAUACCAUGGUAGAGUUUUAUGUUGUCUAGUUACGAUUAGAUUAGGAAUAAUGUCUGGUGUGGUAAAUCAACUCUUAGAGAAUAUUCUCUUAGAGGCUGGCGGUCUAGGACGUUUUCAAUUCAUAGUGAUAUCCUUAAUUAACCUUGGCAAAUUUCCAAUCGCUUGGUCCGUCAUGAUGAUGACGUAUGGUGGUGCUACGCCGGAUUGGUGGUGUUACGAUUACAGGAACUCUUCAAUUUCGAAGGAAAAUAAGAAUAUUGACAACGAGACCGUGGUUACAUCGUUAUUCAAAAUGUGUAAAGUGAACGGUUCCGAGUCUUGUACUUCAUUGCAUUUCGAUCCCGACAUGAAUACUAUUAUAAGUGAGUGGCAGCUGGUCUGUAGUGAGGGAUGGGUGUCCGGAGUCGUCAUCAGCAUUCAGAUGGCCGGGCUGCUAGUCAGCGGGUACGUGUCUGGUCAGCUUUCGGACAUGUUCGGCAGGAGAAUGAUUCUCUCCGUGUCCUUCCUCAUUAAUGGAGUGGCCAACAUUGUAGCCACCUUUUCCACCUCGUGGCAAAUGUUUGCUGGCCUUCGAUUCAUCAUUGGAAUUGCUUCCGGUUUAUACCUUGCCAUUUACCUGACGUACAUAAUUGAGUUCGUACCGAAGGGAUACCGCCCCAUGAUCCAGGCGAUUCCUUCCUGGCCCCUGGCUGCUGCUCUGUACGGACUGGUGGCGUGGAGGAUCCCGGACUGGCGACAUAUACAAAUUCUUAUCGGAGCUUCCGCCUUACCUUUUGCUGUCUGUGUAUGGUUCAUCGUUCCAGAAAGUUUUCGCUGGUUAGUUUCCCACAACAAAAUGGACGAAGCCAAAAUGGUGGUAAACAGAAUCGCUAGGAUAAACAAUGUAGCGCCCCCUGACUUACAGGAAGUAGAAAACGUACUUGAAAAAGCUCAUACUAUUGACCGGAAGUAUACAGUAGUUGACAUUUGUAAGCAUGGAUACUUGCUGAAACGAGCAGUUGUGGUGUCAUAUGCAUGGAUUGCAAUGGCUUACACGUACUAUGGAAUUUCCUUUGGAGUAGACAAGUUAUCAGGAAGUCUGUAUGUAAACAUGUUUGUUCUCAGCAUACUGGAAAUUCCCGGGGCUUUUAUUGCCUGGUUUUUCAUGAACAGGAUUGGACGACGCUGGUCCUAUAUGAUCUUUAGUUUACUCUCAGCGGCCGGCGGUGUAGCCGUGGGACUAGCGAAGAAUUAUGAUUUUGAAAAGAGCGGGGCCGUCAUCAAUGGGUUUGCUUUCGUAGCGAAGCUAGGUGGAGCGAUUGCCUGGUCGUGUUUAUUUAUCAUCACAACAGAAUGCUUUCCUACUGUCUUACGGACUACAGGAUACGGCCUGGCUAGCUCAUUGUGUCGGAUAGGACCGAUAUUAGCUCCACUAUCCCUCAGUGUGAGUGCCACCUAUAAGGGCUUCUUGUACUUCAGCUGUGGAGCAGUGACGUGUGUUUCCGGUUUGUCUAUUUUCUUCAUCCAAGAAACCAAGGACUGUGCGUUGGAGGAUCUAAUAGGCACGGAUCAAACGUCCAUCCAAGUGACAGAAAAGGACUCGCAAAUUCUGAUUAACACAUCAAAUGACCCUCAAAAACAUAGCAUUUGACUUUCAUGUACGUUGUAUAUGCAAUUAUGCUAAAAUAUUUCAUUCAGGAUAUUAAUAACACAACCGUUUUUAGUAAACUUUAACACUAUACGUGUACGUUUCGUGUAGGUAUCAGAUCUACCUUGGUGGUAUAAAAUAGAGAGGAAGACAGAGGGAUGGAUUUUACUAUUUUCUGAUUCAAAUAAUCCAUAUCAAAUUGAUAUAAAUUGUAAAUUUUACUUUAACUAUAUACAUGAAUACAAAUGAAUAUAUGUAUAUCAAUUUUACUAACGAAACAUUUAUAAACUACUUACUACAGUA